GGGGGGGGGACGCAACCAACGGCUUGAUCACAGUGAUCUGCGUGGUCCGAAACUGUGCUGGUUGCUGCAGCAGAAGUAGAUAGUUCACGCUGAGCGUUCCGAGCACCCGACCGUCCCUGUCGUGCGUUUUUUUUCUUAGCGUGUUGUGACGAUGCAGACGCUCUAGAGGACUUUCGCUUCACAGCAGCUGAUCUUCACAUUUUUGCUAUCCAUCUGACCCUCCAGAGUGAAUUAUGAGCUGCAAUUGGGACAAGAUGUCCGCCGUGGAGGUACUCGCGAUGCUGUGCUAUCGGUUUGUCGUACCCGCCCAGGCUGAAACGACUUUGGAAACGAUCGGCGGCAUCCUGUUGACGACUCGUCAUCACCACAUCAAAUCAACGGAAAGAUGUCACCUUCUCUCACAAGUAUGUCUUCCUGCAGCGGUAUAAACGCUAUCCGGAGCCUGUACAUGUGCGAAGUGGCGGGCUUGCGAAACGAUGCGUGUCUCUUCCUUGAUGAAACAAAACAAGACCCAGAGCAACUUCAAGCUUUCAGAGAACGCAGUACGAUGGCUCUGUCUACGGUCCUAACCGAGUUUUGAGCUCGUCAUUUAAGGGGUAACUCGCUUACUUCCCCAUAGAAGCGGUUUAAUACGAUACUGAGUGCCGUGCGAAUCUCGA